CCCGCCUUCCCGCCCGCGGCGCAAGAUGGCGGCGGACAGUGAGCCCGAGUCCGAGGUGUUUGAGAUCACGGAUUUCACCACCGCCUCCGAGUGGGAGAGAUUUAUUUCAAAAGUAGAAGAAGUACUGAAUGACUGGAAACUUAUUGGGAUUUCUUCAGGCAAACCUCUGGAAAAGGGUGUAUAUACCACAGGAGCAUGGGAAGAAAAAUCAGAUGAAAUUUCAUUUGCAGACUUCAGGUUUUCCAUUACCCAUCAUUAUCUUGUACAAGAACCCAGUGACAAAGAGGGGAAAGAAGAACUGGUAGAAGAUGCCCUUCCUCUGCCUAUGCAGGACUUGCUGUGCAUGAACAAUGACUUUCCUCCUAGAGCUCACUGCCUGGUAAGAUGGUACGGCUUACGUGAAUUUGUGGUUAUUGCUCCGGCUGCGAAUAACGACGCGGUUCUUAGUGAAUCCAAAUGUAACCUUUUGCUGAGUUCCGUUUCCAUUGCACUGGGGAACACUGGCUGCCAGGUACCACUCUUUGUGCAAAUACAUCACAAGUGGCGACGAACGUAUGUUGGGGAGUGUCAGGGUCCGGGAGUUCGAACUGACUUUGAAAUGGUUCAUCUUCGCAAAGUGCCAAGUCAGUAUACUCACUUAUCAGGAUUACUGGAUAUCUUCAAAUCCAAGAUUGGAUGCCCUUUAACUCCACUGCCUCCAGUUAACAUGGCUAUUCGCCUUACCUAUGUGCUUCAAGACUGGCAGCAGUAUUUCUGGCCACAGCAGCCACCAGAUAUAGAUGCUCUAGUUGGGGGAGAAGUUGGAGGCCUUGAGUUUGGGAAGUUACCAUUUGGUGCCUGUGAAGAUCCCAUUAGUGAGCUUCAUUUAGCUACUACAUGGCCUCACCUAACAGAAGGUAUAAUUGUUGACAAUGAUGUUUAUUCUGAUCUGGAUCCUAUGCAAGCACCCCAGUGGUCUGUGAGAGUCAGAAAAGCAGAUAACCCUCAGUGUCUAUUGGGUGACUUUCUUACUGAAUUCUUCAAGCUUUGCCGUCGGAAGGAGUCGACUGAUGAGAUACUUGGGAGGUCUGCAUUUGAAGAAGAAGGAAGAGAGGUUGCUGAUAUUACCCAUGCUUUGUCAAAGCUCACAGAGCCAGCACCAGUCCCAAUCCAUAAAUUAUCAGUCACAAACAUGGUUCACAGUGCAAAGAAGAAAAUUCGCAAGCACAGAGGUGUAGAUGAAUCACCUUUAAACAAUGAAGUUCUGAACACUAUUCUUCUGUUCUUAUUUCCUGAUGCUGCUGACAAACUCUCAGAUGGAUUGGAAAGCAGAAGUAGCACUUCAGCAGGAAACAAUCCUCCUCCAGAGAAUGAAGAUUAUAAUCUCUUCAGUCAGUUUAAAUCUGCUCCUUCUGAUAGUCUGACAUACAAACUAGCUUUAUGUCUUUGUAUGAUAAACUUCUACCAUGGAGGACUGAAAGGAGUGGCACAUCUUUGGCAAGAAUUUGUGUUAGAAAUGCGCUACAGAUGGGAGAACAACUACCUUAUUCCAGGAUUAGCUAGUGGCCCUCCUGAUCUGAGAUGCUGUUUGCUGCAUCAGAAACUUCAGAUGUUAAAUUGUUGCAUUGAAAGAAAGAAGGCAAGAGAUGAGGGGAAAAGGGGGAGCGUGUCUGAUCGUUCACCUGGUUCUGCGUCUGGUGAUAACCCUGAUAAGGAAAAAGAAGUUGGCAAGUCUUGGGAAUCUUGGAGUGACAGUGAAGAGGAAUUUUUUGAAUGUCUAAGUGACACAGAAGAUCUUAAAGGAAAUGGGCAGGAAAAUGGAAAGAAAGGAGGAGUGAAAGAAGGCAACAAAGAGCCUGCAAACUUAAAACCAGAAGGUCGUUUGCAUCCACACGGAAAGCUGACGCUGCUGCAUCCAGGAGAACCUCUCUACGUUCCAAUAACACAGGAACCAGCACCUAUGACUGAAGAUUUGCUGGAAGAGCAGUCUGAGGUACUGGCAAAACUAGGGACAUCAGCAGAAGGUGCUCAUCUCCGGGCACGCAUGCAGAGUGCCUGCUUGCUCUCAGAUAUGGAGUCUUUUAAGGCAGCUAAUCCUGGCUGUUGUCUGGAGGAUUUUGUGAGGUGGUAUUCCCCUCGGGAUUACAUUGAAGAGGAAGUGGUUGAUGAGAAGGGGAACAGAGUGAUUAAGGGCGAGCUGAGCGCCCGCAUGAAGAUUCCCAGCAACAUGUGGGUAGAGGCCUGGGAGACAGCAAAACCAAUCCCAGCCCGGAGGCAGAAGAGACUCUUUGACGACACUAGAGAGGCAGAGAAGGUGCUUCAUUAUCUUGCAGUUCAGAAACCAGCUGACCUUGCACGGCAUCUCUUGCCUUGCAUCAUCCAUGCAGCUGUACUCAAGGUAAAGGAAGAAGAAGCACUAGAAGAUAUAUCUUCAGUUAAGAACAUUAUUAAGCAGAUAAUAUACCAUUCCAGUAAAGUUCUACGAUUCCCCAAUCCAGAGGACAAGAAGUUGGAAGAAAUCAUUGGUCAGAUUAUGGGUGUGGAAGCUACCAUUGCCAGGGCCAGGUCUCUGAAAGCAAAAUUUGGGGCAGAAAAAUGUGAAAAUGAGGAGGAGAAAGAUCUACAAAGAUUUGUUAACUGUCUCCUGGAGCAGCCAGAAGUGUCAGUCAUUGGUGCAGGAAGAGGACCUGCUGGCAGCAUUAUUCACAAGCUGUUCGUGAAUGCUCAGAGGCUGACUGAAUCUUCUGAUGAGGUGUCCGCGGUGCCUCCCCUUGACGAGCAGUUGAGGAGAUCGGGUUCUUCAGAGGAGCGGAGACUCACCCCGGGGGCGGUGUCAGAUUUCCCACCGCCCACGGGUCGGGAGGUGAUCCUGCGCACCACGGUCCCCCGCCCUGCUCCUUACUCCAAGCCCUUGCCCCAGCGCAUGUACAGCGUGCUGACCAAGGAAGAUUUUCGACUUGCAGGUGCCUUUUCAGCAGAUACAACGUUCUUCUGAUGUAACCCGCUGCGUUAUCUUGUGUGUCUUCACAAGCAAAAUGUUCUUCAUUUUCCUUCGGGGAAGUUAAGGCUUAAGAGACUGGUUGUGGUGAGGAGACAAUAGGGCUGGGGUGGCACCUUCCCAGUGACAGAGCUGAAUUAGCAGCCAAGAAAGAUGCCUGCAGGGGACUCUUAAGGUGGAGGUCUGGAAUGUCUUCACAGGUAGUUUUAAUUGGCUCUUUGGGGACGACAGAAAGUUUAGCAAUCUCCUCUCUGUCCAAAGGAGUGUAUAAUUUUUUUGCAUUAGCUUGUUUAACAAAAGACACAAAUGGGCUGUAUGCAAAUACAUCAUGUUGAAAUUCAUGCAGCAUGUGCUGCUUUUACCGUUCUUAAUCAGACUUUAUCAAGUGACAUUAGUCUCAUUAAAUUAAUGUGCAAACUUUAAUAAAUUGUAGUUAUUGUUAAUCAUUAGUAUUGAGCCCAGUAUUUUUUGGUUAAUCAUUAAGUUGCAAAUACCGCUAAAAUAUUUUCAAUUUUAUUUAAGCUAUCAGUACAUUCUAGUUCAUGCUAAACUGGCCUAACAUUGCAGCAGUUGUCCACGAGCUUCAUCUUGGACACUUCUCUCAAACAGAAGUGAGUAUAUUGGGAGCUGCAAGUGGAGAGGAAGGCUGAUAACCUCCAGUGGAUCACUGACAGGUUUGGAAGCUUUGGCUGUUGCACAUGGGGAAGGAUAUAAUCCUGUAUGUCAAUGGACAUGUAGAGGUAUUUCACUGUAAGCAACCUGCUGCUAUUUACAGAGACUGUUUGAAUGCACGCUGUGUCUUGGAUGUGACAGAACAAUCCUCCCACCUGCUGUAAAUGAACCCCACAGAUACCAUGCAAACACCAUGACCUGUAGGUGCCAAUGUUGCUUUACAGUGAUCUUUGUGUUCUAGUGAGAAUCAGCAAAAGAUCAGCAUUAUGUGAUGAAAUGAAAUGUAAAACCAGCUGCAGUAUCAGUAAUGUUACUCAAUAAAUCUGAACUUAUUAUUGGCUCUCAGA